GCAAAGGCACAGUGUGCGUUACUGCACGACGAGCCUGUACUCACAACCAGACUUUUAAAGCUGCAUGUCGGCCUAAACUGUCUUCCUUCCAGGCAGACACCUGACCCGUGUCUUACUGGCUCCGCCCGCCCGUGACAUCACCGCUUUGAUCAGCCUUAGCGCCCAUGUUCGCACAAAGCCAUAUAUAGCUGCGGCAAGAGCUCACACGCCGAGAUACCUAAAGUGUAAACACACCUGCUUGGCUGUCUCUAAUAGACUUAAGAUGAACGCCACCUGAAGGAGCUCCACCUGCAGCUGCUGUCGCCACUUAAUCUGUGGGUUCCCAGGGAAAUGAAACUUACUCCCCAGCAAGCUCCACUGUAUGGCCGCUGCGUGAUCACAGUGCAGCUCACUGAUGAAGAGCUUGACGUGAACGAAGACGGCGGUGCUGCCAUCACCACCAACUACUUCCUGCUCUUUGCAGGCAGCACCCAGAGGCACCUGAGCAGCACUCUGAGGAGUGGCCAUGACACCCUGCAGGCGCUAUGUCCUGCUCACGAGUGUUGCGAGGAGGUUUCAGUCACCCUGUGUUCCGUCACUCGCUGCAACCCCGAGGCCUCAGAGGAGCCGACGACGGGCUCAUCUCACAUUGCUCCUUUAGCGCAACACCGCUUCACCUUCGUUCAAGACUUGGCUUUUGACAUGGCCCAGUUUUUGGUGAGCACGGUGGGCCGCACAGACGCUUUGGAUGGGGCGCUGCUCAUGGACGAGUGUCACAUCCCCGUGCUGGAGUGCGAGCGUCUGGAUGAGAAUUUGGCCUUGGCCCUCCAGCACAUCCCGCUCCCAUCGGGAUGGAACUUGCUGGGGAACCAAUACUCUGAUAGCGCCGACCUACACCCGCGGGAGACCCUGCUGCAUUUUUCGGCCCGCCGGGGCCUUUUCCGUGUCACGGGUUUCUUGCUGCAGCAGCCAGGGGCGAGGGACGCAGCACAACUGCCAAACAAGCAGGGCCACACGCCCGCCGCCGUUGCAGCGCUUCGGGGUCACACCAGCCUCCAGCAGCUCCUCGCACACAGGGCUGAGGCAGACGCCGAGUCAGACCGAGGGCCCCAGCACGUCCAGCCGGUACCGACGGACGCCCGCGUGGUUUGCGGCCACCCCGGCUUGCACACCCUGACGCAAAGCGUGUACCCGGGCUGCGACCCGCCAAACCUUGGCCAGAGCGUGGAGCAGCUGCUGCAUUUGAUGAGUCAUCUCCACGCCAAGGGAGUGUCUGUGCUGGAGCUGCACUCUGAUUGUCUGCACACGGCUGCUGAGUGCAUCGAGGGUGUCGAGCCAGAGACGACGAGCUGCCCACAAGCAAACACUGCGGAAAACCCAGUUGUAAUCGGCAGUAGUGACAAUUGCGGAUAUGGCGGCCACGAAGACUGGAGCGUGUCUGUAGUACACCCUGGGGAGCAUGGCCUCGGCCCCCCCGAGGAUUGGGUGUGUCUUGCUUUUAAGAGGGCAGAGGGAAGCAAACAGCCCGACACUGCACAGAACUUGAGUUUGUGUGGAAGGCAAGAAGGGGGGAGCACCCUGCUUGUGGGAAGGCUUCAACAACUAGCAGGAUGGGAUGAGCAGGAAACUGAUAGAGGAGGAGAGGGACGGGAGGCCACAGAGGGAGAGGACUUAUCUGGCAAGGAAGUAAACAGAGUAUCUCAGAGCACAGAGGAGGAGAGCAGUGGAGGUUUAGUCAUGGGCCAGUCACUGUCGCCUGACGCUCCAGUCCAGGAGUCUCACCAAGAUGGCAAGGCUUUGACUCACAGCCCGGACCUUUGUUACGGUCCCACCUUAACCGAGGAGGAAGCCCAGAACGCGGCUUUAGUGCACAAAGACCUCCCACCUCCGGGUGGAAGUGAUGAUGUAACCCUAGAAUCAGAUGUUCCGCCUCCCGGAGAGGGGGACCCACUGCCAGAUGUAAACAGCUCGGAACAAAACCAGGAAACAGCUAGUCGGGAUCAUACGUCAGAGUGGCAGCAAGACCUUGAUCAGCAGACCGCAUGUUCUGAGUUAAAUUUGAUGGAGGAUGCUGACAUCGCUUUACCAUCUGGAGAGGAAACGCCAGAGAAGACAGAGUGCUCACAGACAGUCAAAUCUGACGUUGAUCCAGAUUCGGGCCAAACCCAUGGCCUGUCCAGCGACGACGACGGCAGUUUCCAGUCGGUCGGAAGUUGCACGACAGACAUAUUCCACCUCACCGAGGAAAGUACCCCCUUGGAAGAGCAGCAGUCGACUGAGGAUUUCAAUGUGGAGGAAGAAGACCGCAUGACGCAAGACCAAAGCGGCACAUGUUCGCGGACUUCGGUGGAACCCGCUGCCAGUUCAGAGGAAACCGCCACCGGUUUGGAGCCCAGCUUCCACACGGAGGAGCAUCCUGAGGCACCCGAGGAGCCAGGUGCUUUAGAACCUUAUGAAAGUGACCUGUCACAAGGCAGAGAUGCUUCAGCAAGGAUGGUGGAAGACGGAAAUCCCAACAGCGCUGACCUGAAUAAAGCGGUGAAGGUGAUCAUGUUGGAACACCCCGGGACCACCUGUGCCGCAGAGGAAAGAGAUGAGACCAACUCUUCCAUGAUCCACCGCGACGGUGAGGCGUCCUUCCAGCAGCCACUCGACGUGCAACACUCAGGGUCCUCGCGGUCAUCAACAUUGCCCGCAUUAUCCAGCAGGACGGUCAGCAGCAACCGUUGUUUCUUGACUACUCACAGAGACUCGGGCAGUGACAUCGAGAGCUUGCUGAGCGCCGAGGUGGGAUAUGACAGCUUCUUUAUCAAGAAUGAUGAGCCAGUGACGGGUGGUGACAGCACCAGCGAGGUGUCCAUCUCCUGCUCCUCCACGGACGACACGGCCAGUGUGGGCACGUCCAGCUCCAGCCCCGAAGGUAGCCAGGGCCUGGGCAGUAGCAGCUGGAGCCCUGAGGAGAGUGUCCUCCCACUGGCCUCUGUCUCCACCACAGUCGGAGGAGGAGGUGGAGGAGAAGGAGGAGGAGGAGGGGGAGGUAUCUCUGGGGACGCAGAAGAGGAGGCCAAGGACAGAGUGGCGGAGGUGCCGCGCCGCUCCUGUCUCUUGCGCAGCAGCCUGCGAUCCCUCUCGCCUCUUCGCCGCCACAGCUGGGGACCCGGGAAGAACAACGGAGGAGACCCCGCUAUGAACCAGAGGAGCUGCAAAGGGAAGCUGACCGUUCACAGGAGAAGCUACAGCCUGGAGGGCCUCAGUGGUGGCCAAGAAGAGGCACGGCACCCGGCCAGUCAAGGGUCCCGCAUCCUGGAGCCUUCCAGAAUGCUGCGGCACGACGUGGAUGAGCGCGGCUCACUUGUAUCACUCACGGAGGAGCAGGCGGAAACGGGGCCGCCAUGCGGCCUGCAAAAGCAGAAGUCGAGGCGCUAUCGUCCCUUGAGGAACAGCUGCCCCCCGAUGACCCUCCCCCUCACCAAGUCUGUGUCCAUGCUCGCCAUUAGCCACAGAGACAUUGACGGUAUGAGAUCCUACUCCAGCACGUCUGGAUCGCUUGCAUACAGCAUAUCGGAGGAGGAGCCCGGGCCGCUGCGGAGCGACGCCGAGGCUAGCAAGGGUGUCACCAAAGUCAGUCGCACCUUCAGCUACCUCAAGAACAAGAUGUACAAAAAGACCAGGGAAAAGGAGCGGGACAAAAAGGAGAAGGAGGGCAAGGAGAAGGAGAAAAAGUUGGUCAACGGGCAUCACUUCGCCGCCAUGGGCUCUGGCCAGGUGCCACCUUGCUCUCACUGCUCCCAGUGCAAUAAGACCCUCAGUAAGGAGAUCUUUCAGUGCACAUACUGCAAUGCCUGUGUGCACAAGGGCUGCAGGGACAGCCUGGUCGUUUGCGCCAAGGUGACGAUGAAGUUGCCCAGGCAGCAGUCUAGCACAGUGCCAGAUUCCAGCUCGUUCUCCGGCGUCACCAUGAGGAACAAAUCCUGUGGAAUGAGGGAACGCCCCUGGUCAGCCAUCUUGUCCCCGGAAGACCACACGUCCCUGGCGAUGCCGCUGUCGCGCCGCCACACCAGCCUCAUGCCUUUCCAUAGCAGCAACCUGUCCAAAAGUCUGUCCAUUAGCAACAUUGCUGGCCCUGUGUUUGACGAGAUCCCCAUCAAGGGCCUGCGCUAUCUUUCCCAGUCCACUGACUCGCUCAACAGGACCAAUCAGGUCACAGAGUCCAUGGAAUCACUCACUGACGAAGGUCAUUACACAACUUCGCAACCAUGGACAGAGAUGAUGGACAGCCAACUGAUGGGCGAGUUUGAAGGCGAGGCUAAGGAGAUGGAGGCCGACUCAUGGAGUUUAGGCGUGGAACAGCAGUACCUGCAGCAGCUGGACCGCAACCUGGUCAAGAGGCAGGACGUCAUCUACGAGCUGAUGCAGACGGAGAUGCACCACAUCCGCACACUGCGCAUCAUGUCAGAGGUGUACAGCAAGGGCCUGCAGAAGGAGGUGCAGCUGGAACAGCAGACCCUGGAGCGGCUCUUUCCUGCCCUGGAUGAGCUUAUGGAGCUCCACACACAGCUUCUCCUGCGCUUGCUGGAGAGGAAGCGUGAGAGCCAGCCAGAGGGCGGACACUCGGAGCGGGGCAUCGUUGUCUACCGGAUAGGGGAUAUCCUCCUCAGCCAGUUCUCGGGAUGCAACAGCGAGAGCGUGAAGAGGAUCUAUGGGAGAUUCUGCAGCCGCCACAAUGAGGCCGUCAACCUGUACAAGGAGCUUCUGACCAAAGACAAACGCUUCAAGGCCUACAUCAAAAAAAAGAUGAGCAGCAGCAUUGUUCGGCGUCUCGGCAUACCAGAAUGUAUCCUGCUGGUGACCCAGAGGAUAACAAAGUACCCUGUGCUGAUUCAGAGGAUCCUGCAGCAUUCCACAGAGGGCGAUGACGACUACGAAGACCUGUCAGAGGCGCUGCGCCUAGUAAAGGAGGUGAUCGCCAGCGUGGAUGGCCGUGUGAACGAGCACGACAAACGGCGGCGCCUCAAGGACUUCCAUAGCCGCACCGACAGCAAGUCCAUCAUGAUGAUGAAGAAUGGCCAGAUCUUCGCCCGCGAGGACCUGCUGCGACGACGCCUGGUCCACGACGGCGCUCUGCAGCUCAAGAGCAACCAGGGACGCCUCAAAGACGUCCACGCACUGCUCCUGUCGGAUGUCCUGGUAUUCCUCCAAGAGAAGGACCAGAAAUACAUCUUCACCAUGCUGGACCAGCGCUCUACUGUCAUCUCACUGCAGAAGCUGAUUGUGCGCGAGGUGGCCAACGAGGAGCGCGGCCUUUUCCUAAUCACAGCAGGCAUCGAGAAGCCAGAAAUGAUGGAGGUCCUGGCAUGCUCCAAGGAGGAGCGCAACGCCUGGAUGCAGCUCAUCCAGGAUGCUAUGCAGUCCAUGGAGAGGGACGAGGACGAGGGCAUUCCCAGCGAGACUGAAGACGACAAGCGACAAUUGGAGAUCAAAGCCAAAGAGAUGAGAGACUUGCUGAAGCAGAAGGAUGCUGAGAUCAUGUCCCUGCUGGAGGAGAAGGUUCGGCUCUUCCGGGGCAUGUGUGAGGGCUCCGGCCCUGUUGAGGAGGCCUGCCAGGAGACCGAACACUUCUUCAGGUCGCCUGGCGGGCCAGAGCCCCCCAAGGGGGCGUGCAUCAUGAAGGGUGCCCUGCAGGAAGUGGAGACGCUGCAGACCCUGGUGAACAGCAGCCUGGGCGGUGCCAUGGCCGGUGUCCAAGAUGGCGGAGGAGGAGCUCCCGGGCCGGGCUGCCUGCCCCGACGGGCCGAGACCUUCGGCGGCUUUGACAGUCACCAGAUGCACCUCAGUAAGAGCGGAGACGAGAGUGAGGACGCCACCAGAGACCUGCGGAGGACUGAGUCCGACAGUGUUCUGAAGAAGCAGGGAGGAAACGCCAAUCUGCUGCAGCUGCUCAAGAGGAACAGUGAGCAGGUGCUCUACAGCGUCUCCAAUCUGCACUUCCUGCUCAGCACACUGCAGGCGGUGGUGGUGCAGCAGGAUAGCUUCAUUGAGGAUCAGCGUCAGGUCCUGAGUGAGCGCUCACCGUCAGGGUGCUCAUCAUCGCGGCCAUCCUCUCGGCCCAGCUCACUAAUCGAGCAAGAGAAGCAGCGCAGCCUGGAAAAGCAGCGGCAGGACCUGGCGUCACUGCACAGGCAGCAGGCGGCGCAUGCCGACGAGCGGCGCCGGCGUGAAAAGGAGUGGGAGCUCAGGGAGCGCCUGCUCGGCGAGAAGGAGGCGCUGCUGAACAUGCAGGAGGAGGAUCUGUCCAAGCAGCAGCGGGCGCUGGAGGACGAGAGGCGGGAGCUGGCUAGUCGCAAGGAGGACUACCAGAGGGACCUGGAGAGGCUGAGAGAAGCCCAGAGGAAGUUGGACAAGGACAGGGAGGCCCUGCACAGACAGCUCGACAAGAUGGACGAGCUGCGACGCACUGAGAGGAGUCCCUCCACGGCCUCAGAAGAGUCCCAGUUGGCGGGCAGCUGCCUGUCUCUGGAUCUGGACCCCGUAGAUAUGUCGUCGUCAUCGUCCUCGUCUUCAUCGUCACAGCGCUGCAAAGCCAAGACUCGUGGUCUCAACCCGUUCACAUCCUCUUCAUCUUCGUCGUCAGCGAGCCUCCUGAAGGGGGGUGAGGCCAGCAAGCAGCUUUCUAAGAGCCUGCUGCAGCUGGCCAAGCAUCGCGGCAAGGAAGGCAAAGACAAGCGCAAGAAGAAGGUGAAAGGACAGGCACCAGGGAGCUUAGAUUCGCGAGGUGGACGGAAACGCCAAUCUGUAUCCGCUCUUGCGGAGCUUCACUUGGAUGCCGGCUCGCUUCCCUCUGUGACGCCGCCUCCGUCUCCAUGCGCCAAAGACCGCGGUCUCUGCUCCGACUCCCAGCGCCUUCCCGAGGCUCCGCUGGAUGGAGAGAUCUUCUUCUGCUGACUCUCAUCCUCGCUCAACGAGACUUUCUAGCUAGCCUACCGCCCUGUUGCAACGCAGAAAGUGCUUUUGUUCGUCCAGUAGCUCCAAACUUGCAGCAUUUGAGCAAAGAACCACAAAAUGGCCACCGUGACUUUGACGCCGACUAUUCAAUUCAUUCCUCCUCCUGUCUCGUCAACACACAUACAUACACACACAGUGGUGGUGGUGCUCGGCAAACAGACGGGAAUGUCAACAAGCUUCCAUAUGGCACCGCAACAUGAGAAGAGAAAGCAAUUUCCCUUUAAAACGCCACGCCUGGAAGUGCACUGGGAGCCUUUCCAAAAUAAAAUAAAACAGACUCCACAUCGUUUUACUUUGAAAAACCUGGUGCAAGUUCCCGUAAAUCAGUCGAACAUACGUCAGUCGAACCGUGGCUAAAGUUUUCGUCGUUGGCCGUUUGCAUUCAUCACAUAGGAUGGAUUUUGAAAAACAAUUUAAAUUAGCCGAAAAGUAAAGUGAUCAUUUUCAACGUAAUCGUCCAUGCUGCUAAUCACCUUGUGCGCCAUUUUGUUUUGUUUUUCUGCUACCAAUUGAGGCUAUCACAACAAGACCAUCUCUGUUGUUUAAGUGAAAACGGACAACUGUUUUUCUGACAAAAAUCUGAAAAUUCUGAGAUACCUUGUUUUAUUCAGGUUUAAUUUUAUCCGACAAAAAGCAUCUGCAGUACUGCGAAAUUUUGUGUGUGGGAGGGGGUUAUACAAAAAAAAAGGUUUUUCCAAUCAAAAGGAAAUAAUGACAAGAUUCCAAGAUACACAUUUUGUUGUCCGACAAAAAGCUGGUUAGGCCAUUAUUAUUUUUUUUAAUCACAAAAUUCAGCUACUUGUUUUGUCCACGUCGAAUGUAGUUGUCCAAAGAGAAGCACAAAGACUAAUUUUGGAAAAUUGUUUUGUAUUACAAAAAAAAAUUGUUUUUUAACGUCAUAAUUCAAAAAUAUGAAAUGUCAGAGAUACCUGUUUUAUUUGUGUUGUACAUUGUCGUCUGUAUAAAAAAACAUAGCAAAUCACAAAAUUCGGAGAUACACCUUUUAUUCACUUACGUCAUUGUGGGACAAUAAAGCACCUACUGCCAAAUUUGGAUUUCUUUUCUUGGAAAAAAAACAUUUUUAUUUUAUUUUAUUUUAAGCAUGGUCUAAUUUGGCAAUUAAAAGCACGUCGCUAACACACUUUUGAGCAUAAAUCUUUUUAUUUGCAUAAAACACCACUAAGUCUUCUGAAAAUAAAUUUUAAUCACAAUAUUUGGUGAUACAUGGAUGACAAUGCUAACAUGCUUUUAAUUUCAAGCCUGUUUUAUUUGCAUCGAACGUGCCAAAAGCUCAUUCCAUCAAAUUUUCAAACAUUUUUCCAAUUAAAAAAAAAAUAAAAAAUCACAACAUUCGUGAAUGCAUGCCGCCUCUGCGCCGCUAACCCGCUUAUAAUUGUAUUAGCGUCAAACGUCCGAUGAAAAGCAUAUGCGGUAUAUGCUUUGUGGCUUUUUAUGCUAAAAGACAUUUCGGACCACACGAGCAUACUUUUGCCUUCCUCCCACUGUCUUUAUAUACAAAAAAAACAUGACUUCUCUGGAAAAAAAUCUAAAAAUCACAUUUGGUGAUACAUCGGCCGAUGCAACUAACCAGAUUUAAAUUAUAUUUUUAGUUGAUUCAUUGGCUUCCUGCAGGACAGGUAAAAACAGGAAUUUGGAGUGCGUCAUGGCUAAUAUUUUUUUCCAACAGUAAUGGAACUCUCCGGGGCACCGAGGGGCACUGUGGGCUAUGACAUAUUAUUGUUUAUGAGCUAAUGAUUCAACCUUAAUGCGUAAGUAACCAUGAGCAAUCGGCAGCAGCGGCUUUAUUGUGGAAGGACAGCGAACUCAUCUACUUCCUGUAAGGGACAAUCAGUCAAUCAAGACGCCGCAGCCUUUUUUGUUUGUUUGUAACAAAAUGAAAUGCACUAAAAGAUAGAAGAGCUUGCUUGUUUGAGUAUGUGAAGUAAAAAAAAAAAAGUAAAAGAAUGCAAAUGUAAAUAUGAUUUAUGUAUAAAACAUGUAAAAAAAAGAUUUUGGUUUUGUGAUUAUUACAAUAUUUACAUAAGGAUGUUUUAUUUAUCUUUUAUGCUCUCCCCUUUUGGGGACAGUAAACAGUGUAAAGUGAUGUCUCUCACCUAAUAAAAAAAAAUUACGAUGUU